ACCUACUCCUCCAAAAUGAAGUUCUUCGUCCUCAUUGCCCUCUUUACUGUUGCUGCUGCCAAUUCCUAUGAUGCUCCUAAAUACGAGGCUCCUAAAUACGAAACCCCAAAGUACGAGGCUCCUAAAUACGAGGCUCCUAAAUACGAGGCCCCUAAAUACGAAGCCACAAAGUACGAGGCUCCUAAAUACGAAGCCCCAAAGUACGAGGCCCCUAAAUACGAAACCCCAAAGUAUGAGGCUCCUAAAUACGAAGCUCCUAAAUACGAGGCUCCCAAAUACGAGGCCCCAAAGUAUGAGGCCCCUAAAUACGAAGCUCCCAAAUACGAGGCCCCUAAAUACGAAACCCCAAAGUACGAGGCUCCUAAAUACGAAGCCCCAAAGUACGAGGCCCCUAAAUACGAGGCUCCCAAAUACGAGGCCCCUAAAUACGAAGAAGUCACAUACGCCGCUCAACCCUACAGCUUCGGAUACGAUGUCCAGGAUAAAGAAUCUUACAAUGACUUUGAGCACAACGAAAAAUCUGACUACAACGUUGUCACCGGAUCUUACCGCGUUGUUCUCCCCGACAGCCGCAUCCAGAUCGUCACCUACAAGGCUGACGCCAACGGAUACACCGCUGAUGUGAAAUACGAAGGUGAAGCCAAGUACCCGGAAUACGUGGAGCCCCAAUCCAAAGCUUCUGCUUCCUACGCCGCUCCUGCCUACCAGGCUCCCGAAUACCAGAAACCGGCUUACGUCGCUCCCGCCUAUACUACUCCAGCCUAUACUACACCUGCCUAUACUACCCCUGCCUAUACUACCCCUGCCUAUACUACCCCUGCCUACAAAGAGCCAGAGUACACUACUCCAGCCUACACUACUCCAUCCUACAGCACUCCAUCCUACAGCACUAAGGUCUACAAAACUCCAGCGUACAAAACUCCCACUGCCUCCCCUAAAUACUAAUUUCCAACAAUACCAUUGUCUUAAUUCUGGGAUUAUUAUUUAAAAAAUAAACUCGUCAAACAAUUUCA